AUGGGCUCCCCAGUGAGAAUCGCCAUCAUCGGCGGCUCCUUUGCAGGCUGCACCAUCGCAAAUGCAGUCCUCAAAGACAUCGACCGCGUCAAAGUGAUCCUAAUCAACCCGACGCCCACCUUUUAUUUCCCGAUCGCGGCGCCGCGGGUCUUUGCGAAACCCGAAGCCUUCCAGCCAGACCAAUAUCUCAUUCCGCUCGCCGCAGCCUUCGACAAAUACCCGUCGGAGGUGUUCGAGUUCAUCCAAGGACAUGCGACAUCGCUCGAUACAGACGGAAAGACCGUCACCGUAGACGACCAGCAAACUGUGCCGUUCGACUACCUGGUCAUCGCGUCGGGCAGCACCACCGCCGCAACAAACCCCGCCAACGAGAUGCAAAUCCCCUUCAAACAGACCGGCCGCGACAACGUCCAGAGCCUGAUUGAAGAGACGCAAAAGGCGAUCGCCGAGGCGAAGAGCAUCGUCAUCGGCGGCGCAGGACCCAUAGGUGUGGAGCUGGCGGGGGAGAUCGCAGAAGCGGCGGCGGAAAAGCGCCGAGACCAGACCGUCACGCUGGUGUCAGCGACCGAGCGGGUGCUUCCUGUGCUGAAGAAAUCCGGUAGCGAUGCUGCUGCAUCUAUUCUGAGUAAACUUGGUGUCAAGCUCGGCACGUCCCGCAAGGUUGUCAAUGCGACUCGCUCGAAAGACACCCAAAAAUGGACUGUCGAGCUGGACAACGGCGAGAAGAUGGAGACGGAUCUCUACAUCCCCACCACGGGGAUCUAUCCGAAUAAUGAGUUUAUUCCUCCAAGGCUGCUGGACGAAGCCGGCUGGCUCAAGGUCGACAGCGAGCUUCGCGUGCAAGGCGACGAGAACGAGGUCUUGCCCAUCUACGGGGCGGGGGACAUCACCAUCCACUCGAUGCGUCUGGGCUACAAGGCGAACGAGCAAGCGCCUGUCGUUGCUGCCAAUCUGAAAGCCGACAUCCUAGGGUUGCCGAAGAGACGCACAUACAGCCAGGGCUCCAGUGUGCUCAUGGUAGUUCCGAUUGGAGCAAACGGAGGAACCGGACAGCUCUUUGGAGUGACCCCGUGGAGUAUAUUCGUCCGGCUGGUCAAGGGCCGCGACUUUUUCAUUUCCAAAGCGCGGUCUAUGGUUGGAGCAGAUUGA